CAAUACCGUAUCUACAAGAGCUGAAAAUUAAAAAAAAAACUACAUUAUCUACUCUCACCGAAUUUUAUCAACAAAGUACUAUUAGUUACUUGACUAUAAAUAGUCAAAAAUUGCGACAAAAAAUAAAUCACCAAGAUGAACACUCUCUUGAUAGUAUCACUAUUAACUUACGCCAGUUCCCUAAUCUUGGGACAGGAAUCCCCGACGAUCAUCCCGGUUCCCGGCGGCAUCAGCGGGGACGGCAUAACCACCCGCUACUGGGACUGCUGCGCCCCCUCCUGCGCCUACUACGGGUACCUCCCCAAGGGCAUGCACCCGGUGCAAACGUGCCAGAAGGACGGCUACACCAACAGCACCCCGGCGAACAACGCGGAUUCCGGUUGCGUGCAGGGCGGAGUGGCCUUCCAGUGCAGCAACCAGCAACCCUAUCUGAAGAACGCCACGUUGGCUUACGGAUGGGCGGCGGCCUCGUUCUCGGGAGGGCCGGACACCAGCAAGUGCUGCUCGUGCUUCCUGCUGUCGUUCACGGGCCAGCUGGAGGGCAAGAAAUUUUUGGUGCAAAACAUCAACACGGGUCCGUUCUUGUACGAGAACCAAUUCGAUCUGCAGAUACCUGGCGGUGGAGUGGGUUUGUCCCACAUGGGUUGCCACUAUCAAUGGAAUGCUACGGAUGACGGUUGGGGCGAUAGGAUUACUGGCGUUAAAAACGAAGCGCAAUGCAAAAUUUUACCGGAAAUUCUGCAGCCGGGUUGCAGGUUCAGGUUCGAGUACAUGGAGGGAGUUGAUAAUCCCAAUGUGACCUUCACCGAAGUGAAAUGUCCUCAGGAGCUGAUUGAUAUUAGUGGAUGUGGUUACAUUUAA